AGCCAUAUUUUGGCUGCUCGAGCAGUGGCCAAUACCCUCAAAUCAUCGCUUGGGCCACGUGGCCUUGACAAAAUGCUUGUUUCGUGCGAUGGUGAUGUGACCAUAACAAACGAUGGUGCAACGAUCAUGGAGAAGAUGGAUGUGCAGCAUCAUGUGGCCCGUUUGAUGGUUGAACUUUCGAAAAGUCAGGAUGCCGAGAUCGGCGAUGGUACCACCGGUGUUGUUGGUGAACUAUCACUCAGCGGCAACGUUCAAGGACCCGGCAAUUUUGGUGUUGUUUGA